AUCGGGACCCGUAGAAAGAGGCGGGGAGCAGGCUGUGGCAGCCGUUUUUUUGGCUGGGCGGCUGUGCGGCCCGGGCGAACUGGGCAGGUCCUGCAGCGGCUCGUUCAGGCCGUGGGUCGUCGCUGCAGCCACCGGGAAGGGGAAGCGGCUCCCGCGGGCGUACUUGGCGGAGCAGAGACAAGGGAGGGGGUGUGUGAUAAGGGCCUUCAGUGUAUUUGGGGUUGGGUAGAAGGACCUCCAAACUUGUUCUUCACUGUUCAACGAGUUGACUCUUUUUGUUGUUGUUGUUGUUGUUGUUAUUGUUGUUUUUGGUUCUAGAGACACCCGGCGUCUGCCGUCUCGAAUUUCUCUCGGUCCUUGUCAGUUGAUUCCUAGCCUGAAAUGCAUGGUCACGGAGGCUAUGACUCUGAUUUUAGUGAUGAUGAACCCUGUGGUGAAUCUAACAAAAGGAAAAAAAGGACAGUUGAAGAUGAUUUACUGCUCAAAAAGCCAUUUCAGAAAGAAAAACCUGGAAAGGUUGCCCAUAAACAAGUUGCCGCAGAAUUGCUGGAUAGGGAAGAAGCAAGAAAUAGAAGGUUUCAUCUCAUAGCUAUGGAUGCUUAUCAAAGGCAUACAAAGUUUGUAAAUGACUAUAUUUUAUACUAUGGUGGCAAAAAAGAAGACUUCAGGCGAUCGGGGGAAAAUGACAAGACAGACAUGGAUAUUAUACGAGAAAAUCACAGGUUCCUAUGGAAUGAGGAGGAUGAAAUGGACAUGAAUUGGGAGAAGAAACUUGCAAAGAAAUACUAUGAUAAAUUAUUCAAGGAAUACUGCAUAGCGGAUCUCAGUAGAUACAAAGAAAAUAAGUUUGGAUUUAGGUGGCGAGUAGAAAAGGAAGUAAUUUCAGGAAAAGGCCAGUUUUUCUGUGGAAAUAAAUGCUGUGAUGAAAAACAAGAUUUGAAGAGUUGGGAAGUUAAUUUUGGUUAUGUUGAGCAUGGUGAAAAGAGAAAUGCACUUGUUAAAUUAAGAUUAUGCCAAGAAUGUUCCUUUAAAUUAAAUUUUCAUCACAGGAGAAAAGAAGUCAAGUCAAAAAAAAGGAAGGAUAAAACCAAAAAAGAUCAUGAAGAGUCAUCACAUAAAAAAUCCAGAUUAUCUUCUGUAGAAGAGACUUCUCAGAAAAAAGAAAAAGGGCAUUCAUCCUCAAAGAAAUCAGAAAAGUCUAUGAACAGAAACUCUGAUGAAGAUGAAGGUACUUCAGAAUCUGAACUUUGGAAGGGCCCCCUACCAGAGACAGAUGAAAAAUCACAAGAAGAGGAAUUUGAUGACUAUUUUCAAGAUCUAUUUCUGUGAGAUGGAAGAAAGAAGCCCACAUUCCUUAAUGUGAAAGUGGACUUUGAAACUCUUCACAACAAUGUCAUCUACAAGUUGCAGCUUGAGUGGUUUAUCUUUGGAAAUAAAAAUCCAAGUACUGUCAGGACGUCA